UGUGCGAGCCACUGGAGAGUAGACUUCUUCGCACAGUGCAGCCCUGACAAAACAAAUCUGGAAAACUCUCCCGGAACGCCAUUUCUUAAGCUUUUCGAGGAAGGAAAAGCCGGAAUAAAAAAAAAAAGCUUUCCAUAAGGGUGUUUCUGUUGUUGUCGUUGUUGCGGACAACAAGGAAGGAGCAUUUUUCCAGUUGUGAUGGACACAAUGAUUAUGGCGCAGGCUGCGUGUGUCUCCGGUCAGUGGUUCACCGCUAUAAUCGUCAGUCUCUGCUGCUUUCUGCCCUCGUGUUUACCUGCUGGACAAACUGUGGACUAUGCCGGGACGGGGAUGGAGAAUGUUGUCAGCAGACAAGGGGACACGGCGAUACUUAGGUGCUACUUGCUGGAAGGAUUGUCAAAAGGGGCCUGGUUAAACCGCUCCAGCAUAAUUUUUGCAGGGGAUGAUAAGUGGUCAGUAGACCCUCGAGUUUCCAUUGUUUCCGGCGUUGGUGAUAAACAUGAAUACAGCCUCCAGAUAAAGAAAGUGGAUGUUACUGAUGACGGCCAGUACACCUGUUCUGUACAAAAUGAACAUAACCCUCGAACGAAGCACAUUCAGUUAACUGUGAAAGUUCCACCCAAGAUAUAUGACAUUUCUACAGACAUUACUUUAAAUGAAGGCAGCAAUGUCUCACUCAUCUGUAUGGCUAGUGGGAAACCAGAACCCACUAUCUCUUGGAGGCAUAUAACCCCAUUAGCCAAGAAGUUCGAAAGUGGAGAGUAUCUAUUUAUCAAUGGCAUCACCAGAGAUCAGGCGGGAGACUAUGAGUGCAGCGCUCAAAACGACAUCUCCUUCCCGGACAUUAAAACAGUUAAAGUUACAGUCAACUUUCCACCAACAAUACAUGAAAUGAAGUCUUCUGCAGUGGGUCUAGGACGUACCGCUCUGCUGAGGUGCGAGGCAGCAGCUGUACCAUCACCAACAUUUGAGUGGUACAAAGGUGAUAAAAGGCUUACCAAAGGUCAUGGAAUUGACAUCAAUAACCUUAGUUCCAGAUCAAUUUUGACCAUGACCAACAUGACCGAGGAUCGUUACGGUAACUACACAUGUGUAGCGGUCAACAAGCUAGGAGCAGCCAAUGCCAGUGUGCCUCUGAUUCCACCCAACACGGCACCGUAUGGAAGUACAGGAAGUGCUGAAGUCCUGUCAUCUUGCCGGUACCUGGUCUUGGCUCUCUGCUCCUUCUUAAGUGUAUAUUAGCUGAGGACGGCCACACUCUACACAAUGACUGCAACGAACCCUUAAAGCAUUUAUGAAUAUUCAGUGCUGGCGACUGGAUCAAAUCUGAUUCCAUUUGGUUAAAGCAGCGUGGGAUAGAAUCAGCAUUACAUGUGGGGAUGGUCAUUCUCUGUGGAAUUUCUCAUUUAUGUAAAUACAAAAAAAAUUCUUUUUUUCUUUUUUCUUUUUUUUCGAUUGCCCACUUGCUGAAUCAGUACACAUUGUCCUUUUUAAUGCACAUAAAGACUCCAAAAAUAGUUUUUUUCUUCUUCUUUGUGAAGGUGAUGGUGCAUUAAUCGACAUUUUCAUCUGUGUUAUUCUAAAUGCGUAAAAAAAAUACCAGUCUGCCAAACUCAGUACUGCAGUACAUCAUUUACAUAAAAAUGCUGUAGCCAGUGUGAAGAGAGGCCAAAAAAACAGACAUAAUAUUGAAUCUCAUUAAAAACCUUAAUGCAUAAAAAGGGUUGGUAGAGGGUGUGGGGAUUCUGCCAGAGUUGUUAGUAUUAUAACCAUGCAACAGUGUAGGCAUCAGAAGGAGAACAUUAUGGACACCUAUUAACCUUAAUAUAUGACUAUUCAAUUUAAUUUAUUAAUUAAAGUUUCAAUUUUAUUCAGUUUUAAAGCAUACUUUUUGACCCCAUGAGCUUUGGACUGAGUAUUCUGCUUUUUUGUAGGCUGUUACUCAAUCCUAGAGUACAACAGGGUUUGCCUAUCAAUGUACAGAUAGGUAGCUCUAUAUGUAGCAUAUGGGGAUGUCCCCUGUUCCUUAUGAUACUUGAGAUUCUUCUGAAGUAGUUAUAUUGCAAUUGCUUCCCAGUAUUGUUUCUAAGGUAUACCUUAAACUCCAUUACUAUUGUUUGCUAAUAAAAACUAUUCUUACUGAUGUUCCAAAAAUGUACACAUAGUAACAUAGCUACUUUUUUUUAUUUGCCUAUCCAGGGAAAUUUGUGUAUUACAUAGUGAAGCCCUUUCUGUCAAUUUCCAUUA